AUGCUCCAGAAGUGUGAACUAGACGAGACCUCCGAAGCUCGCGCAGUUUACGAUAAAUGCAAAUCCCUGGCCAGAGCUAUUAAGGCCCAAGAAAUUGCUAAACAUAACCCAGUUGCAAACAUUCUGGACCAUGUUCCUCCUAGAAAUGUUGCUGAACCGCUAGUGCAGGCAUAUCUCCGAACCUUUGAGUCGAUAUUCCGGGUCUUACACGUGCCAUCAUUCUUACGCGAUUUUGAGAGCCAUUGGGAUAACCCCGGCUCCUCAAGUCCCGACUUUAUCGUCAAGCUACUUCUUGUAAUGUCCAUUGGCUCUAUCUUUUCUCCGGCUCGCAGUGCAUCGGACACCAGCUAUUCUACUAUAUCCCAAUGGAUAUAUGUGGCGCAAUCAUGGCUAAACUCUCCGUUUGAGAAAAGUCGAAUCAACGUCUCAGGGACACAGAUUCACUGUCUUCUACUCCUGGCACGCCAGGCGAACGGUGUCGGGGGAGACCUGGUCUGGGUCUCGGCAGGUUCUUUGUUAAGGACUGCAAUGCAUAUUGGACUUCACAUCGACCCGUCACACUUGCCUAAUGUUACUUUCUAUGACCAAGAAAUCCGACGAAGGCUAUGGGCGACCGUCCUGGAGAUCGUCGUGCAGUCCAGCAUGGAUUCUGGCGGGCUUCCCCUAAUUCACAUGCAAGAUAUAGACUCUGAGCUGCCCUCUAACAUUGAUGACGAGCAGCUGGAGGGUGCCAAUGAAAUUAUAGAUGCCACGCAUGCGAAGCCUUUAGAGGAAUAUACUAUGACCUCCGUCCAGAUUGCGUUGGUGAAAUCGCUUCCUUUAAGGCUAGGGAUAGCCCAAUAUCUAAACGACUUCCGCUCGGAACACUCUUAUGAAAAGACACUCCAUCUCGCUUCUCGCUUAUCCUCGUUUUGUCGAGACAAUUAUCUCCUAUUCCAGUCCUUCCCCACUGGCAUGCCCCGCCCCGCUUCGUUCCAGAUUAAGAUGCUAGACCUGUUAUCAUAUCGAUUCCUACUCGCGCUACACCACCCUUUUGCCAUGAAGGCAAGAGCAGAUCCUACCCUAUACUAUUCCCGGAAAGUAUGCAUAGAGCUAGCUGUCUCUCUUUUGGCCCCCCUCUCCGCCUCCAAUGAUACCGAAUCUUCUAAUGACAACUACACAAAUCUCAAAAUCUCUGGCACCGGUUUAUUCCGCGAUGUGCCCGUGAUGGCUAUCAGCACAAUAUGCGAGGCACUAACCUACCAACUCGAAGAAGAAAGGUCCUCCUUCAUACCUGUUUCGAGCUUAUUUUCGCAUCAAAACCUGCGGGAAAUUAUCGAAGAAUACGUCCACCUCCUUGACAUGAGAAUAAAACAUCGCGAAACAAACAUCAAAGGCUAUGUGCUAUUUUCAUGUAUAUUCGAACACAUUAAUGCCGUCCAAGCUAGCCUGCCAGUUGAACAGGCAAUUGCCUCUGCUUUGAACCGGAGCUUGGAUCAGUGCUACUACACAUUGAAAACCAGAGCUAUGGCAUGGGGAAUUAAUAUGUCACCAGACAUCGGAAUAGAUACCCCUGGACAUACUCAACUUAAUGAUAGAACACUUGGGACGCAUGAUUGGCUUAUUGACGAUGGGAUGGUAAAGUUUGCCUUUAUCCCUGUUUUUGUUGUACAAGUAAAUUAA